AUGAGAACGGGUCACCACAUUACUGACUGCUUAUGUCACUCGUUGUUGAGCUUUGACCUCCGUAUUAGACGGGCGUUUGCACGCUGCCCGUUAACUUGGCCGGACAUGUAGCAGAGUGGUAGUUUCUAGAGAUGCAAAUGCAGGCUAUUCAGCCUGUGCCGCUAAGGGAUGAGCUUAGGGCCGUUCCUCGGCCGGUUCUUGAGGAGUAUGUCUCAGCCCGUGUUAAGCAGUUCAGCCGGCUGCUUGUCGGCGUGCUUCUGCCGGGCGUCACAGACCAAACGUAUGAGCAUGCAUACUUGCGCACGCAGCAGUUACUUGGCACAACAGCACAGGAGAUGCGCGUUACCGACUCCUACGUCCUCCGCUUCACACAUCGCUGCCGGUUCCUGGGGUGCCUGCGCAAGGAGUGCGCGCUCUGUAAGAAUAACCCCAACAAAAAGUGCCGCGAGGAGGACAACUUCGACGAGUGCUAUGCGGACGGGCAGGUGCUGAAGUCCAAGUGCGAGGCUGACGUGUACCUGGAGCUAAUCAACCUCCGUACGAACCAACCAGAGGCGCUGCCCAGCGUGGAAAUUGCGGUGUCCGUCGUGGAUGGCGAGUCGUACAGCGAAAGCUCCCCUAGUACCUACGCGCACGUCAAGGAGCUGCUAAAAAACGAUGAUGAGAGCAUCCUGCUGGGAGCCUACCAGGCGGGCACCAAGACGGAGGCGGACGGCCGCCUCUACCUGCGCAUGAACGAGGGGCAGGUGAAGCUGCCCGACGUGUGUGUCACGGAUAAGAACGACACCUUCCACCUCAACGGCGAGACGUUCAGCACGUUCCGCCUCAUGGCGCGGGCGGUGCGGCGAGACGGGCUGGGCCACCUGCAGCCCGUGGACAACGUGCGCCCGUCGGUGUCGGGCCGCUUCAUUGUCAAGACGCAGCGAGCGCUCAACGACUACCGCAAGUCCGACUACCCGCACUACAAGGACGAGCUGACCAAGCUGAAGCACAUCGGCAGCAUCACGGCGCAGCGGCUGCGGGACAUCAGCACGCACCUGGAGUCCCCCUUCACGUCCGUGGAGACGGUCGAGCAGCUGAAACAGCUGAUGCAGUACGCGGACCAGAACCGGCAGGUGGAGAACAAGAUGCUGGAGCUGCUGAACAUGAAGGGCAAGCACAAGCACAAGUGGGACUACCUGCGCGAGGUGCUGGCGGAGCGGGUGGUGUACGACGACAUGCUGCACCGCAUCUGGUACGCCGACGAGUGCAUGAGCCAGGGCGUCAUCUUCACCUGCAAGCAGGGGCAGGUCAACUUGGACCGGCCGUACGGUCUGGUGCAGCGGGCACCCGCCACAGGCAGACUGGUGGUCACCAGCAACCCCACGGGGCCGGAGGCGGAGAUGCUGAAGCACUGGCGGGGGCUUGCAGAGGAAUCGUGGAACCUGCCCGGCCACCGCGGCUGGGUGAUGGUCCAGGAGCAGCUGGAAAUGGCCACCCCCGGCUCCGGCAGCGCCUCGCUCCUGAUGGGCGGGGGCGCGAGCAUCAGCAUGGCGCCCAGUGUGUCCCUUCCCGAGGGCAUGGACGAGCAGAUGCUGGCACGGCGCGGCAGCAUCGGCAUUGCGCCGCCUCCCAUGAUGGUGGCGGAUUCCGCGCGCAGCCGCCGCUCCUCCACCGUCAGCUACCCCGGGCCCGGCCCCAGCUCGCCCGACAUGUCUGCCCAGGGCUUCUUCAACAUGCACCAGCAGCAGCAGGUGGCGAGCGCCGGCUACAGCGAUGCCGCUCUGUCGCAGCAGGCGAUGGCGGGACAUGCGGGGGCUCAGUCGCAGUUCCAAUUCGCUGGUAACCGCGGAUUUGCCGCGCCGGGGACCCUGUUCAGCAACGGUCUAGCAGAUGAUCUGUCGCCGGAUGUGUACAGGGUAGCCAGUGCUCCCAACGUCGCUGUUGGUGCUUGCCUCUUCCCUCAACAAAGCAUGGACAGCGGUGGCGCUGCCAACGGCAUGUUUGGCACUGUGAGCAGCCCGGUUGGGGCCAUGGCCACCGUCAGCAGCCCUCUUGGACACCUGACCGGGCAAGUGGAGGGCAUCUUGGGGCCACCGCCUGUGCGGUCGGGACGCUACAGGCGGCUUUCAGCGGACGCUGGUGCCAUGCGGCAGAUGGCGGGCGCCCAGACAGCGGCUUUACAGCAGCAGCAGCCUAACGCAGAUCUUUCAGUAGACCUGAGCGGCAAGCGCUGCCGCGCUUCGCACCCGGGUCACCAGGCGCUGGAAGAGCUGCAGCAGCUGCACCAGCAGAGCGCGCCCGGCGGACUGGACCUGCAGCUCGGCAACCGCCACGCACUGUACCACUUCGAGAGCCGGGGCCGACACACGCCUCGGGGCCGGGUGAAUGCCGAGGUGAGCGAAACCGUGGCGGCCAACGCGCUGGGCAGCGUGCUGGACGCCUCGGACCUGGACACCUACCUAGCGCAGAACUUCAGCUUCGUCCCCGGCACCACCGACUCCUCCUUCUCAGGCAGCGCCGUACCCGACCAGCGCGCCUUCGCCGCUGCCGGCACCGGCCUGGGCCUGGGCGCCCCGGGCUCCGUGCUGCAGAGCAGCAUGCAGCAGUCCGACCAGCUGACCGGGCAGAUGCAGCACACGCUCAUCCUGAACGACCCCGUCGCCGGCCGCAUGGGGCCCGCGGGGGCCACCAACGGCUCCGGCCUGCUUACCCUGGACAGCCACCACUCCUACCCUGCCGGCAGCGCACCCGGCGCCGGUAACGGUGUUGCCGGCAGCUCGGGCGUGCAGCUGGGCCGGGGGCUGCAGCACGUGGACUCGGGCGGCCUGCUGUUGAACCAGGCGAACCGCGAGCUGAGGCGUUGCGAGAGCGACUCGUUCAAGCGGUUCCUGACCAUGGGUUUGCCGUUUUCUCCCAUGGAGCCCACACCUGAGGAGCUGCUGGAGGGCAUCGGGCGCGAGACCGGCUUCCUGGGGACCUAGUAAAUGGGAUGGGCAGGGAUGGGCACAGCUUGGGGGUUGAUGAAAGCAGUUCUAGUUUCAUGGCUGGAGGAGUUUUUGGGUAAUUUCGAUGGACAGGGUCUGGUAACGUUCGGUGGACUGGGGAAAGCUGUUGUGGUUGUGUUGCUGGGAGAUCUUCUGGGGCGGAGGGCUGCAUACGUGUCGUACCGAGGGGGUUACAGUGGUUGAGAUUGCCUGGGGUGUUGUAAACUUGACGUUACAGUUGCGGACUAGGCGGCAGUGUAUGGUGCAUGUGUUUACGUCUUAAUAUCCCAACCAUGGUUAUGUGUGUGUGAUGUGCAGGCAAUUACCACGGAUUAAUAUCUGCAAGUACGUACAGGAUUCAUUGCAGGAAUGCAGUGCGAGCUUCCGUAGGAAAUUUGCUAGUAUUACUGGGCGGGCAUUUGCUAACUUUUCGUGAGCGCACAUACUGUGCGUUGCUGAUUCCCUCUCAGGACCAAAUUGUGGUUUUCCUGGGGAACGUCCAGGCUCAGAUCCCUAUUGGAAACAUCCGGGGGAAACGCGGCGUUUCACAUGUUGGGCGUGGGGCAAGGGAUGAGGCAUGAAGGACUGUUGGUGCAAACAGUUGGAUGGAGCCGGUUGCGAACCUAGCGAAGUUCUGCGAUAUGUGCGUUGCCGUGCGCUGAACAACAAGGCCAUUUCUUUAUUGCGACGGUCGAUAUGUCAAGAGAAGCUGCGCGGUUGGUAUAUGUAAGUCUUUCAGGGCUCUGCAACAUGUAUGUUGCUCGGUCUCGACCGUACAC